AUGGAGAGAAUUGGCUACCUACAGGACAGUCGGGACAGUUUUGCUGACGGGCUUACUUACUGGGCCAACUUUGCGAAGACCCUCAACCCCAACAGUGGCGGCUCCUACAAUGGUAGCAAGUCGUUACCGCAUUGGAGCCCCAACAGUGCGGAUGGUACCCAGGUUGUCAUGGAACUGGGUAACCAGUUCAAAAAUGUGCCCAUUGCGAAGCCAAAGCAGGUGAAGUUCAUCAUGGACUACUUCCACCAGCAGGUUCCCUACUAG